AUGUCGAAUCAGGACCAACAACCAGCAGACGCCCUCAUCAACACCACCGACGGCCUCGCCUAUUGGGAGUCUAUUGCCCCAGAUGUGAACGGCAUGUUGGGCGGGUUUCCCCACAUCAGCAAAGUCGACAUCCAAGGCUCAAAAAAUUUCUUGGCUAAGCUUGGUGUCGGCGCGAAGAAGAGGAAGGUGGAGAGGGCGUUGGAGGGGGGCGCUGGAAUAGGCCGGGUGACGACGGGGUUGCUCCUCGAUGGCAUCGCCCAGCAAGUCGACGUCAUUGAGCCGAUUCAGAAGUUCACCGAUGAGCUCAAGGGGAAGACGGGGGUGGGUAAAGUGUGGAAUAUGGGGUUGGAGCAGUGGAAAAUGCAAGAUGGAGGGGAGAAGUAUGACUUGAUAUGGAUCCAGUGGUGCGUGGGGCAUUUGACAGAUCACCAGCUGGUGAGCUUUCUGGAGCGCUGCAAAGCUGCGUUGGAUGUGGAAAAAGGGGGGUUUAUUGUUGUGAAGGAGAAUAAUAGUACAAGUGGGAAGGAUGAUUUUGAUGAGGUGGAUAGUAGUGUUACGAGGGAGGACGCGACGUUUAGACGCAUCUUCAAGGAGGCCAAGUUGAAGCUCGUGCAGGUUGAGCUGCAGAAGGGGUUUCAGAGUAGUGGGUUGUUGCCAGUUAGGAUGUAUGCUCUGAAGCCAGAGUAAGGUGGGUACAUCACAGCAAUAACAAAACAAAUCAAAGGGCAGUUCUCAGUUCAUGUCAUUUUUUUCUUCUUUUGGUAUCAUUCGUCGUUCCUCUCAACUUGACUCCUUCUCCUUUCCUUUUGAAGAGCUCUCAUUCUCCUCACCGUCUUCUACCUUUACAUCCGCCACAGCCUCCCCAAGACCCUCCUUUGCAUUCUCAGCCUCCAUCUCACGCACCUCCUUGAGGAAGUAAUCCACCACAUCGAUCUUCUCGCUGAAGCUCGCCAGGUCAAGAGGGAUGUAGUUCUUGUCAUUGGCCAACGCAACAGACGCACCGUUUUCAACGAGGAGCUUUACAAUUGGGAGGUGGCCGUUGAGAGCUGCCCAGUGAAGGGCUGUGUUGCCGAACUCAUUUGUGGCGUCGAGGAAGGCUUGUUUUUGAUCCUUGUCGGCGGUUGGAAACCGGGAGAGGAUGUACUCGACG